ACCCGAGAGAAUAAACACUAAUAAACAAACACCAAUAACUACAACUAAAGAAAUCCCCAAUACGGCUGGUCCCCGAGGGGAGAUAGACCAACACCCCCAAAUGCUCAAACUCAAGCAAAACAAUCCCACUGAGCUAUCAAAAAAACAAAAACAAGAAAAUCCAAAACAAAGAUUAAGAAAUAAAUUCAACAUAUCUACUAUUAACACAAGAUCAAUGAAAUCACAAGAAUCCUUAUUAGAAUUAGAACUAGCAUUAGAAACUGUUAAUUGGGACAUAUUAGGUGUAUGCGACGUGAGAAGAGAAGGCGAAAAAACGGAAGAACGGAACAAUUAUAUACUAUACCAUUUUAAUAAAAAGACUGGUAGAUACGGAGUAGGGUUUUUUGUUAAAAAAUAUUUAAAAAAUGAUAUAAUAGAGUUCCGAGGAAUAUCAGACAGGAUCGCCAUUUUAAAUAUAAAGCUUUCUGGUUUCAAUCAGCCCGUUUCUAUAGUUCAAAUAUAUGCUCCAACAGAGGUUACUCAGAAAGAGAUAAAGGACGAAUUCUACAAUGAGCUCAACAAAGUUAUGUCAAUGUUAAAUAAAACUGUUAUCAUAAUAGGAGACUUUAAUAGUCAAAUCGGAAAAAGAAAUAAGAAUGAAGACCAAGUAAUAGGACCAUAUUCAACUGGAAAGAGGAAUGACAACGGACAUAGACUUAUAAACUUCGCGUUAGAGAACAACCUCCACAUUAUGAAUACUUACUAUAAAAGAAAACAUAACAGAAAGUGGACAUGGAUAUCACCAGAUGGCAGGACAAGAAACGAAAUAGACUACAUCCUUACAAAUAAACCAAAAAUAUUUUUUAAUGUCGACGUCAUUAACAAAUUUAACUACAAUACAGAUCACAGAAUGCUUAGAGGACAAAUAUACCUAGUAGAACCAAAAAUACGUAGAACAAACCAUCAUAACAUAAAACCAAUAAUAUUACCAAUCAAAAAAGACAUAUUACAUCAGCUAGAGACAAAUUUAGAAACAAUAAAGAAACCAAUCGAUCUUCAAAAGAAAUACGACCAGCUUGAAAAGGAAUUAAAAAUAGCUAACAAGAUAUGUAUAACAAGCAAUGAACAAAAAGAUAAAAUAGGUCCGGAAGCCAGAAACUUGAUCGCUCAAAGGAAGUGCUUAUUAGAAAACAGGAAAAGCAACAAAGAAGAGAUAAGAAAGUUAAGCAAAGAAAUCAACUUACAA